ACUACGCGCGCCACCAAUCGCAACGCCGUUGUUUGCACAUUAUAUAUCAUAAGUAAUCGUCAGACGUAGCUUUCAAUUAACUCUUGAUAAAUUCGGAUCUGCCUUCUACGUUCCAGCGGUUCGAACGUCGUUCCGAACAGUCGUUCGUCGUUCGAAACAGUCGCGAUCGCUGCUGCAUCUCGCAAGUCCGAGAUCGUUCCUACAAACUGACAAGUGAUAAAAGCUUCAACUGUGCCGUCCACCGCAGCGAUGCCGGAAUCCGUCAAGAUGGAUCAUUUCGAUGAAAAUUUUGACAAAGAGCAUCCAAAAAAUCUGAUACCGGAAUUAUGCCGACAAUUUUAUCAGCUUGGCUGGGUCACUGGAACUGGGGGUGGCGUUUCCAUAAAGCACGAGGAUAAAAUAUACAUUGCACCAUCUGGAGUGCAAAAAGAAAGAAUCCUUCCAAAUGAUAUGUUUGUUCAAGACAUCGACGGCAAAGAUUUGGAGUUACCUCCGCCGGAGAAGAAAUUAAAAAAAUCUCAAUGUACCCCUCUUUUCAUGUGCGCUUAUACAUUUAGAAACGCUGGAGCUGUCAUUCAUACUCACUCGAAAUUCGCCGUUAUGGUAACUCUUCUUUGGCCUGGCAGAGAAUUUCGCUGCACUCAUCUGGAAAUGAUUAAAGGCAUCCGAAACCAAAAACUUGGUAGAUCAUAUCGCUAUGACGAAGAACUUGUUGUACCAAUAAUUGAAAACACUCCUUUCGAAGAGGACUUGAAAGACAGAAUGGCCGAAGUUAUUCAAGAUUAUCCGGAAACAUGCGCUGUACUCGUUCGUAGGCAUGGAAUUUAUGUCUGGGGCGAUUCAUGGCAACAGGCCAAGACGAUGACUGAAUGUUAUGAUUACCUUUUUGAUAUUGCUCUACAAAUGAAAGAUGCUGGGUUGGAUCCAAUGAUGACUCCAGAAAAACAUGAAUUGAAAUAUCAAAGAAAAACAACCCAGGUAUAAAGGUUUUUUGGCAUGUACAAAAACUAAUUGUAAUUGGCAACGAUCAUGUUUUAUAUAUAUUUAUAUAUAUGUAUGUAUAAUGUAUAAUUUACAUGUUGAGAAUAAUUUACAAUUUUUUUUACUGUUUGUACAAAGUAUAAAGUGCAAAUACUUAUUUAGUAUAAAUUGAGUUUCAGAAUUUAUAACGAAAGUUUGUCGUUACAUGUAAAACAUAAUAAAGUGCAAAAAUCAA